UGCAGGGCCCUGCUGCAGCAGCUGCAGGGGCGGCUGCCCCACUUCCGCAUGGAGGGUGACCACAACCUAUGGAUCAUCAAGCCCGGUGCCAUGUCCCGCAGUGGAGGCACCACAUGCUUGGCGCAGCUGGAGGAGGUACGGGAGGUAGUGGGGAAAUGCGCAGUGCCCUGGGUACGGCUGGGAGAAUGGGUUGUGAAGAAGCAUGUGGAGCAGCUGUUGCUCACCUUGGGCACCAAGUUCGACUCACAGCAAUGGUUCCUGGUGACCGACUGGAACCUGCUCACCAUCUGGUUCUACCACGACAGCUACAUGUGCUUCUGCUCCUGGCCCUUCUCCCUGCACCACCUGCACCACUCCUGGCACCUCUGCAAUGUCACCAUCCAGAAGCGGUGGAGGCUGGCUGGGGGCCAGCACCCCAAACUACCCCGCAACCUGGCCUGGUCCAGCCAGCAGUUCCAGCUCUACCUGCAGCGAGCAGGCCACGUGGAGGCCUUGGAGAAGGUGACUGCUGGCAUGAAGGAGGCGGUGGUGGCUGCCCUGCGCAGCACCCAGGAGCUGGUGGUGUCCCGCAAGGGCAGCUUCGAGCUCUACAGAGCCAACUUUAUGUUCGGGGAGGAUUGCCAGCCCUGGCUGCUGGAGAUCAACACCAAUCCAUCCAUGGCACCCUACUUGGAGGUGACCCAACAGCUCUGCGCCGCCAUCCAAUGCGACAUGCUGCAUGCGGUCCUGGACCAGAAGAAGAACCCCAGCUGCUCCACCGGUGCCUUUGACCUCAUCUACGUAUGA